AUGCGAAUGUAUGAUGGUGACAAUGACUACGUCGUUCGACCAAAAAGAGUUGAAAAUCUUGGCGCUUGUAUUCCUGAAACUGCUGCUGUUUUAACUUGUUGGUCAAAUAAUUCUCCGGAUUCUCCUUCUUGUCAGCAAAUUGUUCAAGCCCUUACUGAUUGUAUGCGCAAUGCGGUUAGUAUUUUAUGA